UUGUAGCGUGUUGUCAUUAAUUUGUGUUUCCAUGCUUUGGCAGACGUUCUACUGGAAGUCGUUUCUGGUUUACUUAAAAUAAACUUAAACUGUAGUCGCUGCAUAGUUUACACUGCACAUAAAACCAACAAUUUGGGAGCGGCAAAUUUAAGUCAUUAGUUGAAGGGCACAAUGGAGUUUAAACGGAAAAAAAAGAUGACUUACUUCACAAUUGGACUGAUCUUUCUUCUAAGUGGUAUGGAAUAUGCUGUGAUCUUGCCCACGAUAUGGAGGUACCUGCAGACUCUGGGGGCAGCGCCUUACUUCCUAGGUCUGGGCCUAUCGGCAUUCAGUCUGUCUGGUCUCCUCUCGGGCCCUCUGUUUGGCCAUUGGUCUGACAAGACUCACGCCACCAAGAAGAUAAUCCUGUUUGCAAACCUCUUUGAAAUUGUUGGUAACUUCAUGUAUUUCAUGGGCUACUCCAAAUGGCUUUUGAUCUCUAGCAGACUAGUGGCAGGUGUUGGUACAGGUGCUGGUUCGUCCAUCUUCGGCUUCAUGGGUCGAUGCACAGCCCACGAGGACCGCUCCACCGUAUUCGCAUCGGUUAUGGCGUGCCGACAGAUUGGCCUAAUGAUUGGUCCCGUAUUGAAUCUCUUCCUGAGGCUUUGUGACUUCAAGUUGGGGCCAUUCGUGGUGAACAAGUACACUGCACCUGGGCUUUUCAUGUGCUUCAUGUGGACCCUCCUCCAGCUGGUCGUGGUCUUCAUGUUCUGGGACCUCCCUCCCCGGGAGGAGCUGGUGGCCGAGGGAGCCGGGGGAGCCGUGGGGGAAGCCUGGGGGGAGGGAGCCGGGGAGGGGAAGCCCUUGCUCGGGCAACGCCCAGACAUCCUGGGGUCCUACGGCUCGGUGGUGACCCCUCGCCCUCCUAGGUCAACUGCUAACCCGGUCAAGUCCAACCUGCCUCACGUCUCUCCUACCCCCUCACCCCCACUCGAAGGGGUGGUUGACUCUAGCUCUGGGAGUUUCAGUAUGAGCCGAGAGUUCCUAAGGGAGGAGGUGGUUGUGCUGUUCACAGCUCACUUCGUCAUACUGUUUAACCAGACAGCACUGGAGACCGUCGUGACGCCGUUGACCCAGCAGUACUUUAACUUCGGGGAGUUGGAGAACAGCAUCAUUUACUGCAUCUGUAGUGUGGAGGUGAUCACAGGCUUCCUGUUUGUCCACUGGCUGUGCCGUCGUACGACCGAGAGGGUGGUGCUGGCCGUGGGCCUUAUCCUCUGCCACAUCUCCUGCGUCUGGUGCCUCAUCUUCCUGGCCAACCCACAAGGUAAUUUCCCCUGGCAGUUAGCAGAGUUCAUCAUUGGGGUGUUCCUGCAGAUUUCGGGGCUACCCUUUGUUGCUGUGGCCCAGGUGUGUCUCUUCUCCAAAAUCACUUCGCUAAAGUCUCAAGGGUUGAGCCAGGGGGUGCGUCGCUCUGUGGGGGGUCUGGCCACUAUCUUGGGCCCCCUAUGGGGGGGUGGUUUGACGGGACACAUGUACAUCAUGCUGGGUUUGAUGAUGGCUCUACUGGCCCUGUUCGCUAUCAUGUUCUCCUUCUCCUAUCCCCGUCUGGUGGCUCCCACUGUGGUGGACCAUGCAGAAUGCUUGGAGGAGUGUGACAAAUGCGGGGGUUUGCGAGUGUGAAGCGAGUGUCUCUUCCUACCCUGAAUUCAUCUCAGGACAUGUGCUUCCUCAAUCUCUGAAGACUCACAUACGUUGCGCACACACACC